CUAUGAUAAAUCUGCACAGACAGCCCCCCCUUGCGCGGUUUGCACACGAUUCCUGUUGAAAGACAUGCCGGGAGAUUUUGCUUGAACACAACGUACGCAGCGGAUUGAUUCAUUUUACUAGCCACUACAGAUAUAAGCUUGUCUACUGCAAUACAACUACAGUUCUUGAAACAAAUAAAAAUGUCUGGAAGCGCAGGAGAAUGGUGUCUUAUGGAAAGUGAUCCUGGGGUUUUCACAGAAUUGAUCAAAGGCUUUGGUUGUAAAGGAGCUCAGGUGGAAGAAAUAUGGAGUAUGGAACCAGAGAACUUUGAAAACCUGAAACCAGUUCAUGGGUUGAUCUUCCUGUUCAAGUGGCAGCCAGGUGAGGCACCAGCAGGCUCUAUCGUUCAGGAUUCAAGACUUGAUAACAUCUUCUUUGCCAAGCAGGUGAUAAAUAAUGCAUGUGCUACCCAGGCCAUUGUGAGUGUGCUGCUAAACUGCACUCACUCUGACAUGCUGCUGGGAGAGACACUCACAGAGUUCAGAGAAUUCUCACUCAGCUUCGAUGCUGCUAUGAAAGGUCUGGCUCUCAGCAACUCUGAAGUUAUUCGACAAGUUCACAACGGCUUUGCCAGGCAGCAGAUGUUUGAGUUUGAUGCCAAGUCUUCAGUGAAGGAUGAGGAAGCAUUCCACUUUGUGAGUUACGUCCCUGUCAACGGCAGGCUCUAUGAGCUGGACGGACUACGUGAAGGGCCCAUCGACCUCGGUGUAUGCAACCAGGACGAUUGGAUCAACGCAGUUCGGCCAGUGAUUGAGAAAAGAAUACAGAAGUACAGUGAAGGAGAGAUCCGCUUCAACCUGAUGGCCAUCGUGUCAGACAGGAAGAUGAUUUAUGAGAGGAAGAUAGCGGAGCUGCAGAUCCAGCUUGCAGAGGAAGAGCCAAUGGACACAGACCAGAGUAGCACCCUCCUCAGCUCGAUCCAAUCAGAAAUUGCAAAGUAUCAGCUGCUGAUUGACGAGGAGAAUCAGAAACUCAAACGAUACAAGAUCGAAAACAUCCGACGAAAGCAUAACUACCUACCCUUCAUCAUGGAACUGCUGAAGACACUGGCAGAAUACCAGCAGUUGAUACCUUUGGUGGAAAAGGCAAAGGAGAAGCAGAGUGCCAAAAAAGUCCAGGAAGCCAAGUGAACACAGUCACUAGUGCUGAGUGAUUAACCAACAUUUUUUUGGGGGGGGGGGGUUAUAAAACAACUAAUUGACCGACUUCAGUUUAAUUACUUUAAUUCCAUUUAGAUUGUUUUUUUGUUGUUGUUGUGAGCCCAACGUAGAAAUCAAGUCAAGAACUGUGGGACGCUGGUCUGAAGGUAAUUAGAUACACAUAGACCCACAACGACAAGAGGGAUAGAGACAGUUUGUGAAAGGUAUGCCUUAGCUACUUUGAAGAACUAGUAAAAUGAUUUCAUCAGACAGCUCUGCAUCAUAGGCUACUUAGGCAGGCUAGCUAAAUAUGAUACUAAAGACAGUACAUUAUAGGGAACACAUAGAUAACGUUACUGACUGCUACUGCCUGAGCAGAGAUGAGAUGAUGACUUUAAGGAAUAAUGAAGUAAAAAAAUAAAAACUUAGUAAUAUACACAACUGAAAUAUUGUAUUAUUUCAUAGUAAUUUUCUAUUUUUCUAUUGAUGACAGAGACAAUGGAAUAUUUUUAAUGUUUUGGCAAUUGAAUGCUUACUAUUUUUGGCUUUGGAAUUUCCAUUUAAAAAUAUUUAUUUCAUAAUGCAUUUAAUGUUGGAAAAAAUAAUCAAAAUCACAAUUUAUCUUUUUUAUAAUUGAACCGAAACCGAACCAACCUCAAAAAGCACAAAUCACUCAGCACUAACACUCACACUCAUCAGUCGUCGUAUUCAUGUGACCCCCUUCCCCACCAUUGUAUCAUGUGACCCCCACCCCCCACAGACAUGAGCACACGGGCAGUGGGACAGACAAGAACUGUGUUGACUCCCACCCACGUCUACCCCUAAGCUGUAAUGUAUGCCUGGAAAGACAUGUUUAAAUGAACCUGUCUUAUUUUCAUAAUAAAAUGUGUUGUAGUUUGA